AUGGGUUUGACAAUGGACGAGAAUGGAUCUCUCUAUGUCACUGACUUUCUAAAACAUGAAGUGAGACGAUAUCGAAGAGGAGAAUCUCAAGGAACAGUGGUUGCAGGUGGCAAUGGAAGUGGAAAUCGUCUCGAUCAACUCUCUUACCCAACAUACGUAUUCGUCGAUCGAGAUCAUUCAGUGUACGUAUCUGAUUGGAACAAUCAUCGUGUGAUGAAAUGGAUGGAAGGUGCAAAACAAGGCAUUGUCGUGGCUGAUGGUCAAGGAUAUGGAAAUGAUCUUACACAAUUGUCAUCUCCUCAAGGAGUCGUUGUCGAUCAAUUGGGCACUGUCUAUGUGGCUGAUCGAUGGAAUAAUCGAAUCAUGCGUUGGCCUAAAGGAGCCACACAAGGAAGUGUCAUUGUUGGUGGAGACGGUAGAGGAGAACAAUCGAACCAACUCAAUAGACCCUUCGGUUUGUCAUUCGAUCGACACGGGAAUCUCUAUGUUGUCGAUUGA